AUUUUUGGCGCUAUACUGUAUUGCUACGUUACGUGAGUUGCAUUUCUCUUUGCUAGCACAGCUAAGUCGGCUGUCUUCUUUUAAUAUCGCUGAUAAGGAUGCAGAAUUCCUUAAUCAACUCAUUUUACGUGGUAAAGCUGGAUGUUUUAUUCAGAUUGACCAUCUGAGUCCUGGAUUCUGCCCAAAAUUAAAUAGCGGCUGUCGGUGUGAUUAAUGGGCUGAAGGUUGACAAUAUGAUGUACUCCUGUCGUAUAUUUUGUGAAUUGAAUAAACAAUGUAGUACUUAGCAGGUUUAGAGAGACUUCAGGAUCUUCAAUGUCAUUCAGACACAAACCUGAGGGACAAAUGGGUUGCUAAAUCUAUCUAAUGAAUUUAGAAGUACACCCAUGGUUGUACUUUCAAAAAGGUAAAGAUGAUAGUUUAAAGCUUCAAAAUGACCUGAAGAAAUUAUUUGAAUGGUCUAGAAUUUGGUGGUUAUCGAAGAAUAUUUACAAGUGCAUGGUGAUAAAUAUUAGUCCCCAAGGCGAUACUAAUUUAGCGACGACCUUUGAACGAAUCUUAAAUGACCUUGACAAUUAUUAGACAAUCAGAAGACAGUAUAAAGUGAAAAUAUAUUAUGUUCCUACUUUCAGAGGUGUAAUCGGUGUUUGUGGCUACGCUACCGUAUUAUGAUUGACGACAUAGCUAAUAUUAUUCCUCAGUUAACACAUGGUCUUCAUAAAGGUCAAAUGGGAAGAAUUGCUGUAGUGGGAGGAUCAAAAGAGUCAGUUCAUGCAUGUAUUAUUGAUAGUUAGCAGAUAUACUGGAGCACCAUACUUUUCCGCUAUUAGUGCUUUGCAUUGUGGUGCUGAUUUAGUUCAUGUAGUAUGUUCUGCUUCUUCCUCUCCUGUUAUCAAGUCAUAUAGUCCCGAAUUGAUCGUUCAUCCUGUUCUGGAUGGAGUUCUAGCAGAAGCGACCAAAUGUAUGGACAGAGUUCAUGCAAUUACAUUUGGACCUGGUCUGGGACUAACAGAAAAUGUUGAAAAUACUACAAAACUGAUAGAUUAUUGCAAGCAUUCUAACAAGCCUAUUGUCAUUGAUGCUGAUGCUUUGCAUAUCGUUACUCAAAAUCCAUCACUCAUAGAAGGUUAUGAUAAAAUUAUUCUUACUCCAAACACUGUUGAGUUUUCAAGAUUAUAUUACUCUGUGUUUUCGUCUCAACCAUAUGAUACCAAAGAUGCGACAAGAUCUCUUGCUGAAAAACUUGGUGUCACCAUUGUCCAUAAAGGUCCUACAGAUAUUAUAUCAAAUGGUCAAACAACUGUACAGUGUGUGGAUCAAGGAUCACCCCGCAGAUGCGGUGGACAGGGCGAUGUUCUAUCUGGUACAAUGUCAGUCUUCAACUACUGGUUUCACCAACUUAAGGAUAACAAUCCGAAUCUACUGUUUACAGCUACUAUUGGAGCUGCAUUUGCAGCUUGUUCUCUUACACGAAAAUGUUCACAAUUGGCAUACGCUAAAUACGGUCGUUCUAUGAUAACUACGCAAAUGUUGCCAGAAAUACAUAAUGCAUUCGAACAACUAUUCGCUAAAACACCAAUCGCAUGAAGCAAAAUACCACGCUUUUUUGUAUUCUUAACAAACCUGAUUGAGUUGUUUUCAUCAAAUACGUAUUAACUUUGUACUGGAAUUGACUAACAAGUCCCAUGGCAAUUCUGUUUAGUCUUGUAAAGGAUGUAACUUCUUGCAUCUUUGAUACUGUCUUCCACAAAUUAUUGUCAGUAAGUGGGACUUAUGCCUAAAUUCUAGUUCAAGUGUGACACUAUUUAACAAACGUCGUUAGAAUUGAGUCGAUUCGCUUUAAUAAUUACAGGCCAUCUUGUCCGACUGGUUCCCGAGACUUUUAUAACCAUCCUCAAUCACAUUUCCGGUCGACUACCAUUCCGCCAAAAGAUUGUAUUUACCUUCAAGAAGUAUGCA